AUGGGUGAACUAAUUGAGAGCAUGAUUGAGAGUGGUAUGAAACCAAUGGAUGCUUAUAAUUAUAUAAACAAUGAAGCUGGAGGAGAAGAAUGUGUUGGUCAUACUAAGAGAGAUCACCUUAACUAUGUAUCAAGGGUGAAAAUGAGUAUGGUUGAAGGUGGAGACAUGCAGAAUGUAUUAGACACCCUUCAAGAAAGAGCGGAUCAAGAUCCUUCAUUCUAUAGACUGAAAUUUGGAGAAGAGAAUAAUGUUGUGAGCUAUUUUUGGCGUGACUCUCAAAUGCUUGAAGAUUUUAAAGCUUAUGGUGAUGUUUUAAUCUUCGAUAUAACAUACAGAACAAACAAAUAUGGGUUGAUAUGUGCUCCAUUUGUUGGUAUAAACAAUCAUUGGAGAACAACAAUGUUUGGAUGUGCAUUCAUAACUGAUGAAAAGACUGAAACAUUUGUUUGGCUGCUUUCAAUCUUCAAAAAGUCAAUGUGUGGAAUUGAACCAAAAUCAAUCUUCACUGAUCAAGAUCUUGCACUGUGCAACGCCAUACCAGAGCUUAAUUCCUGA